CUUUUUUGGGUACUAUAUCAAUCAUUCAAAAUUAGGCUUUUUAAAGUCCUGGAAACCCUAAAUCAGUUUUAAAUAAAUUUAUAAACAAACAUUAGAGCUCGUUUAUGACACCAUUUUACGUGACCAAAAAUGGUAAAAUAAUCAGAGAAAAGAAAAUACAAUUAGCAAACCUAAUCAAUUUCUGUAGUUAAAAAAAAAAAUUUAUUGAAUUAAUUCAACUAGCAACGAUACCGACAGUAACGAAAACUGCAACAAAAACUUGGGAAAUUCUGGCUGAUAAUUUUAAUCUUUUAACCUCUUAUGACUGCAUUUUGGGUUUUAUUAUGAAUCAUCCAAUUCAUAUAAAAUUGGUUUGUGCAAAGAACAAUCAGUUUCUAGCAAAUUAUCAGUGGAGCAACAUUGGAAUUCUGUGAAAAGUUUAUUAGUGAUACAAUUGAAAAAAAUGAUUAUUUGGAGGUGUUGCCUAUUCCUCUUCCUCGUCCUUAUUAAGAAGACUUUAGGGCAGGAUAUUUUGUGUGAUAUAUAUGUAAAGGAUUAUUAUGCUGGAUUUAGUAUUACCAACGCAAAAGGAUAUACAGAAGGUAGUCGAAAAUGCUCUUUGGAUCUUUCUAAAACCUCUGAUAGACGUCAAAAUCAUACAGCAGACGCUGAAAAAAUAUCCAGCCUAAUAAUUGAUCAUGCACCGAGUGGAUAUAUUUCUCAAAAUUUACUUGACCAAUUACCAAAUCUACAGCUCUUAACCGUAUUACAUUCGAACGUAGAUAACACCGGAAAAUUAUCCCAUAAAAAUAUUAAAACGAUUUUUAUUGAGUCCUGUGCAAUAUAUCCAAUCAACAAGUAUACCUUUCAGAAUUUCCCUGUAUUAACUGAAAUCGCUAUUUAUGAUAUAAUGUCUAAAGAAAAUGAAGACAAAAUUUUUAUUUUGGAAGAUGAAGCAUUUUCCUCGUUGAAAAAUCUCAGAAAAAUUGAAAUAAUCAUUGCACCUCAUUUAAAAAUAAAGGAAAAUGCUUUUAAAAACCUCAAUUUGACUAAUUUGAAUCUUAGUUUCGAUUCCCUCAACGCAUUAGAUUCCAGUUUACUUAAAACAAUUUCUAAUUUAGAGAUAUUAAAGCUGAAUUCUAACAAUUUUAAUGAACUUGAUACCUCAGUUGAUUCCUUCUCAAAUGACGUAGAAUCUUUGAACUUAACUUCCAUUGAACUCAACACUUUAAUCGCAUCUAACAACAAACUAAAAAAUCUCAUAAUAGGUAAAAACUGGAAUGAUUUGGAUGUUUCUAAUAAUAAAAUAAGUGAGAUGUCUCUCAAAGAUUCCUAUUCAACACUAGAGCAUAUUAAUUUAAACAAUAAUUUGUUGAAGAAUAAUCUUCGAGAAAUCUGUCAGUGUGUUAAUUUGGAGAAACUGUUCUUGAAUAAGAACAAUAUUAGCGAUAUUGGAUCUUGUUUCUUCAAUAUGAAAAAAUUAAAGACAAUUACUCUGAAGGGAAAUGACAUUUCUGUAAUUUACCCAGAUAGUUUCCAUCCAGAAAACAACAUUGAGUAUCUUGAUCUUUCGGACAAUAAAUUAGAAUAUUUCCUUAAAGAUUCAAUGAAAAAUUUUCCAAAAAUACAACAUAUUAAUUUGAAUGAUAAUAAAAUUGUUGCCCUGUAUGACGAUCCAAAGCAUUUCAUGCCAGCUUUAAAUGAAAUUGAGAUACUUGGAAACAAUUUUGAAUGCUCUGAGCUCAAGAAAGUCUGGAUGAAAUUAAAUGAACAGAAAGUGAAAAUUUUUGAUCUAGAUCUAAUUCAAUGUAUAGAUCUUAUGACUGAUCCUAAAUUUUCUCUCCUCUUAAGUAAAACGAUUUUUAUAAAUAACAAUUUAAAGAAAAUGCAAAAUUCAUUAUCUACUGUAAAAGAAAAGCAGAACACACUCGAAAUUUGCAUAAAAAUAGUAAAUGAGUCGGUAAAUAACAACACAUUAAUAUUUAAAAAUUUUCAAGCACAACAUGAAAAUAAAACAAUUUUCAUUGAAAAUGAACUUAAAUCAUUAAAAGAAAAUUCUCAAAAGGAUUACGAAAAUAAAACAAAUUCAAUUGAAGAAGAAUUAAAAGCAUUAAAAGAUAAUGCCAUAAAAUUAGAAGAAUCUGUAUCAGACAAAAACAUGAAAAUAAAUUCACUUGAAAGUUACAUAAAUUCAGUAAAUAAUACAAUCGCUGUGUAUGUACAUAUGCUAGCGGAAGUUAUUGAGAAUUUACAGAAUAAUGUAACCUUUUUGGAGAAAAGUAUUUCUGCUAAUCAAAAUCCAAGUAUCUUUAGUAUACUGGGCGAUAUUGCCAGAGUAAUAAAAGGUUUUUUCAAAAAUCAGACAGAUGUUGAAUACAAAUCUCAUGUAUAAACAUAAUUUCUUUUAAAUAAAAAAUAUGAAACAUAAAAAUAUAUAAAUAUUGUUUAAAAAAAGAAUAAUUAUACGUAAAACAAUUUUAUUGGAAUAAAUAAAAAUAAA